AAUGGAUACGACUCCCUCGGUAUCUUUCGUCGUAUAAUUAGUGGACUAUCUCUGAUUCAGACGCGACAUUAUGUUCAUUGUGAGGCUGAGAACUGUUGGUUUACAGAUACACGGGCGACCGCUGAACCACUAGCUGGUAAUGUAUUUCUCGCAGCAUGUGUUGUAUUUUCGUGUAUAAGCUGCGGAUGUGUCACUAUCGGCGCACAGAGCCUUUGGUGUUUCUGAGUGGUGUCAACCGCAUGACAGCGGACUAUUUGAAGCCUUCCCCCCCGACGUGAAAUAAAAAGCUCACUCGCUCAGCGAAGUUUGCAGCAAUGGCUUCGGCGCUGAGUUGCUUCAGUGGUCCCGAGGUGCUGGAGGACGUGAAUCACGCCCCGGGUUUGAUGAGGGAACUGAAAUUACUGUACGACUGUCAGCUCCUCGGGGACGUUACUAUCGGGGUGGAGAGUGAUGAGGAGUCGCUGGAGCCCGGCGGAGAGUCCACUAGAAGUGACAUUGACCGGCUGUUUCUAUGCAGCCGCAACGUCCUCGCCUCCGCCAGCCCCUACUUCAAAAGCAUGUUCACCGGGGGGCUCAAUGAGAGUAUGCAGGAUAGGGUGGUCAUCCGCGGGGUGGACGCUGAGUCCAUGUCGGUUAUCAUCGACUAUUGUUACACAGGCAGGGUGACCAUCACGGAGAACAACGUGCAGAUGCUGUACGCUGCGGCCAAUAUGCUGCAGCUGGAGUACAUCAGGAAAGCCUGCUCUGGCUUCAUGACGAGGAGGCUGGACCUCUCCAACUGUGUGGGGAUUUUGAAAUUUGCAGACACGUAUGACAAUCCUGAGCUGAAGGAGAAUGCACGAGCCUUCAUAGCCAGGAACUUCAGCCAGCUGUGUAAUGGAGGGGAGUUUUGUGAGUUGGAUUUGAUGCAGCUGAAGGAGUUGCUGUCUCUGGACACUUUGGACGUGGACUGUGAGAGGAAGGUGUGCUCCGCUGCUUUACAGUGGAUAGAAGCUAAUGCACUGCAGAAAAAGGACUCAGAGGAUGCAUUACACGUAUUGAAGUGUGUUCGGUGGAACUUGUUUACUGAGAAGGACAAGUGUUACCUGGAGGGGCUCAUGACCAGGCCUUUAAUUGAGAAAUACCUUGAGUCCUUCUUCAACAGGUCUCCAGAAGAUGGCUGUGGCAUGUCUGCAGCUGUGGACUUACCAAAACACAGAAUAGGAGUGAGUGCUAAAGAAAUGAUUCUCUUCUUUGGCCUACCUAAUGACAACAUAAUGUGCUGUGACCCUUACUCAGAAGACCUGUAUUUCAUGGCUCCUCCCCUUGAAGAUCUCAGUAGUCAGGACUACAAGCGCUCCACCAUGGAGUCCUUAAUCGCCUGCGCCACCCCUGAAAACAACCUGUAUCUAGCCUCCCACCUUUCAAAACAUUUCUGGCUGUAUAACCCUGUGCUCAACAGCUGGCAGGAGCUGGCAGAGAGGCCACUGGGGAGGAUCCACUCUGGGAUGGGCUACCUCAAUGGCCAUGUGUAUCUCCUGGGAGGAAGGAACCCUGUGACGGACACGAGACUCAAGGAGGUCGAGUGUUACAGCGUCCAGAGGAACCAGUGGACAUUCGUGGCUCCUCUGCCUCAUUCUUUAGGUAAAAUGCAGGUGGUGGCAUUGAACGACCAUCUGUAUGUGGUGAACAAAAGAAGAAUGCUUUGCUAUGAUCCUAAGAGGAACCGCUGGCGGCACUGUGGCUCACUGAGACGAGACAAGCUUCACAAGGCCUGCGUUUUUCAGGACCAGAUCAUCUGUGUGUGUGACAUCCCUGUGGUAAAAGCCUACAGUCCCACCAGAGGGGAAUGGAGGAGGCUGGGUGACAUUCCUAUUGACAGCCGUGCUCUUAAUUACCAGGUGAUACAGCACAACAACAAGUUGCUCCUGCUCACGCAGACUCUACUGCAGCACAACAAGAACAGGGUCCUCAUCCACGAAUAUGACCCAGCCAGAGACACCUGGAAGAACGUCAUGGCAGUGUACGUGUCCACUCUGGGACCGGUGUGUGUUUCGACACGCGUGUACCCGGUGUGCCUUGGAUCUGCUCACAGCUUCUCUACAGAGGAGGAUGAUGACAGCGGCUCCAGUGCAGACUGGGACUUCGAUGGACUGACGGAUGCAGACUCUGACUCUGGCAGCUCUAGCUCGUUCUCAGAUGAAAACUGGUAGCAAAGUGUGUCACUGUGUCAAAGAACUAUUACAUUUAUUUAUAAUUUAAUGAAUUGUACAGGGUUCUGUCUGUCGGGAGAGAUCGUAGAUCUAUAAUUAAAUCAGUAUUAAAGCCAUGUACAUCAUCAUGUACAGUAGAAGCACAAGCUGAUCAGAAGUGGACAUAUUUUCUUUCAUAUCUUGUCAUCAGUCUGGCUAUACGAUGAUUCACAUAAGAAAGACAGAAGGAAAUGAUCAGAACUGGUUUCAUACUUCUCUUUUUUUCACAUAGUGAGCGCAGAUGCCUGAAGAGUGUGCAGACUCUUGUUUGCUCAAUUACUCAAGACAAAUACAUGAUAGAAACACACUAAUCCACAAUAAGAUUGCAUAUUAAUGAGGGCAGCUGAAUUUCUUAAACAUUUUCUUAGAAUUGGAGGAAUUGUGAGAGAUAUUCAAAAUCCCAGCAGCAGAGGCUGAAAUAUCCCCAUACAGGCUCAAGAUGAGGGUAACAAUGUGGGAAGAAAUUUGAAUUGAGAGCAUCUUUUCAUAGCAGAGAUAUUUUAACCUGUCAAACACAUGUUACUAAUAACAUAUUUAAUAGUUGAAUUGCAUUGCAAUAAUAAUUGCUUGAACUGAGUCAUAAUUCAUAUUAUGAAUCAAAUGCCUGCUGUGAAAAACACCUGUGAAUCUAAUCCAAGUGUGCUUUGAUGUGCCCAAAAUUCAUGUUGAUAAUUGAUUGAUUUUAUUAUUUAUUAAGGAAGCAAAAUGUGGAGCACAAGGUGAAGGUACUUUUGACAGGAAGGACGAAAAUAACUGGUGAUGCUCAUUAGGAAAACACAUCAGCCAUAUACUAAAUAUGAAGAAUCCUGUCUUGCUCUUGAGUUAAUUCUCGGUAUAGCAGGAGCACUGUGUGGCUUUUGUGUGUAAAAUCUCUGGCAGUUACAUUUGUUUUUGCCUUCAGAAGUGGUUAAUCUGUAAUGCAGGCCUUUUGUAAAUAAUUACUACACUCCGAAACACAAGCUGCAAUACCUGAAUGAUGUCAUUUAAGUACAUUUUUAAGACUGGUCGAAGGAGCAACAGAAGGCCUAUAUAUGAGUGCCCCUUAAAUGUUUUAAGACUGAACAGUGUUGUCUGAUAUAAAGAGAGAAACCGCUUGACACACCUGCUUCUGUUCUGUGUAAAUCAAUGACUGACUUUUUAUGUAGACGUCAGGCAGCUUAAGUGCCUCGUAUUUAUGACUGAAAACACAACAGGUCAUUUACAGGGCUAUCUAAUUUGCUGUCCUUUAUACACCAAUCAGUCAUAACAUUUAAAAAAAUCAGUUCUGACACUCACUUGCCCAGUGUAGGCGUUUUCGUUUGUGGAUAGUGGUCAGCAUGGGCGCACUGACUGGUCUGCAGCUACAUAUGCAUCAAGCUGCGAUGCACUGUGUGUUCUGACAGCUGUCUGUCAUAGCCAACAUUGACUUUUUCAGUCACUUGUGCUACAGUAGCUCUGAGGGAUUGGACCAAAUGGGCAAGCCUUCUCUUCCCACAUGCAUCAAUGAGUUUGCAUGCCCAUUAUUCUGUCGCAGGUUCAUAGGUUGUCCUUCCUUGGACCACUUUUGGUAGGCACUGACCACUCACUGCAUACAGGGUCU